AUGGAAGAUCGCAUGAAGCAAGAAGAGUCCACCGACGUCAGAAGUAUCAUUAAUGAUCAAGAGAUUGAUAUACAAGAACCAGAAGUUCAGGCUGUAGACGAACAACUACCAUCAGACUCUUCUGUUGACGGACAAGGAUGUAUCGAGAUGGAAAAUGAAGAAAGUGAAGAACCUCAAUCACAAACGCCAUUAGAACUUCUUGAAGAAUUGAAACAAAAGAAAGAGUUAAUCAGAAAGUUAAUCGAUGAGGCUAAUGGAGAAGAAGGAGAGUAUUGGUAUCUCAUACCCCAAACAUUUUACAAUGAUUUGAUGAAUACAGAAGCUGCAUCUGUAGAAGAGAUGAAAAAUCAAUUGGGAAAGAUGAACAUGGAAUCGAUCGUUGAUGCUUAUGGGAAUUUAUAUAACAAUGAAGAUGAAAAUACCAGUACAAAAGCGAUCCCACCUGAUGCGUUCAAUAUCUUGGCCGAUUGGUUUGGAAUGGACGGAAAAGCUCCUACCAGAGCAUUAAUUAUUGAGAAUGGUAUUAAACAAAUAGAGAGAUUCCCACCAAUAUUCAUUAUCCACAAUUUAACAAGCAAGACAACGAGGCAGCAAAUGAGCUACAGUUCUAACGCCAAUAAAACCAAAUACUUCCAGUUUUCUCAAACCCAAACCUUUGAAGGAUUAUACCAAAUGGUUAAAAUGAAUAAUUUCAAAUCACAAACAAAACCUCAGUUCAGGAUUUGGAUGAUUGGAGGAUUACAGAAUAUGGAAAUGCUCCCAAAUUCCAUCACCAUCAAACAAUUUAUCAAUGAUAUACCCAUGAAAAAAUUGAUUGGAAGAAAUAUUUUGAAACAAACUUUGAAACUCAAUCAAAUCGUUGCAUCAAAUUACCAUUUAUUGAUCGAAAAUUUUGACGAUAGUUUAAACAAGUUCCCUAUUACAGGUUAUUUGGAAGGAUUUGAAUUUCAUAACUCUCAAAUCAGUAACAAGUCUACAGGGAAACUUGGAUUGAUCAACUUAGGUAAUACUUGUUAUAUGAAUAGUGCCUUACAAUGUUUAGUACAUAUACCAGAACUCAACAAUUACUUCUUUUAUGGAGUUUUUGAAAGAGAAUUGAAUGAAAGUAAUCCUUUAGGGUUCCAUGGUAACAUGGCAAAAGUAUUUGCAUCCCUCAUCAAUAGGUUGUUUAACGAUAAUGCCGAUAAUGGUCAUUCCAGUGCCAUAUCUCCUAGAGAAUUCAAAAAUACAAUCGGUCAGUAUUCUUCCAUGUUUCAUGGAUAUUUGCAACAAGAUAGUCAGGAAUUCAUAAGUUGGCUUUUGGACUCUUUGCAUGAGGAUUUGAAUAGAAUCAUUAAUAAACCUUACUUGGAGAAACCAGAAUUGAAAGACGAUGAAAUAGAUGAUCCUCUUGCCAUUGCUAACCUUGCAAGAAUCUGUUGGGAUCAAUAUAAGCAACGUAAUGAUUCAGUUAUAGUGGAUUUAUUCAGUGGGUUAUACCAAUCAAUAUUAGUAUGCCCUGAUUGUAAUAAAACCUCGAUAACUUACGAUCCAUUCAAUGAUUUAACUUUGCCAUUACCUAUAAAUAAAAAAUGGUACCACACAUUCACUGUUAUCAAUUUAGAUUUCAGUCAAGAUUUACCUUCAGAGCAAAGAAUUAUGAAAUUGGAAGUUGAAUUGAGUAAAACCUCAGUAUUUGAAGAUUUGUUGGUUUAUUUAUCAACAUUCUUGAAACUUCCAAAGACUGAUCUUUUUGUUUAUGAAAUCUUCAAUGAGUAUUUCUAUCAAGAUUUCCAAUCGAAUUCCCACAAAUAUAAAUUUAUGCCUAUCAGUGAAGUCAUAAGUAAAAGUGACGAUGUAUUAAUCUACAUCAUUCCUAAUAGGGAUGAUGAUUUGAUCAUUCCGGUGUUGAAUACUGUCCCUGAGUUGGAUUCAUCUUAUAAUAUGUCAAGUGUUUUUGGAUAUCCAUUAUUCAUCACGGUUCCAGAAAAAGAUGUUACAUCUUUUGGUAAAAUCAGGGGGAAACUUGAACAAGCUGUACAAGUUUUAACAAAGGUUGAUAUUAAUCAACACUACAGAGAUUUGAAAAAAUUACCUUGCAAACAAUAUUACACUAAAGAUGACUUUGACAUUGAAACAAACGAACCCGAAACCGAUUCUCCAGUUGUAAUUGAUCCCGAAUCUCCUGUUAUCGUCUCAAAGGGAGAAGAAUCAGAAGGAGAACAAAUUGAGGACAUAGUCGAUGGUUACGACUCAGAUAUAUCUUUAGCUGAUCCUGAGAUCAGUGGUGAUUACGGAUUCACCAUCAAAUAUAAUCGUGAUAUGAGAUUGAAGCUCAAUAAGCGAGUACAUGUUCCAUUAGUGAAACCAAAUUUCAAUAAAUUACCAAAAUUAUCUGAUUUGUUACCUGAAUUGAAAUAUAAGUAUUAUCAUUAUCCAAAUUACAAAGAGUACAUACUGAUAAAUUCAGAAAAAGGUCUUGAUGAACCUGUUGGUGUCGUUGAAGAAGGAAACGAAAAUGGUGACGACAUUGAAGAAGAAGAAGAAGAAGAAGAUGACGAAGAAGAGCCAAGGUCUAACAUAAUACUUCCAGAUAGACAAGCAAUGGCUACACCUAGUACCGAAGAUGUAGAACCUCCAUUAGGUGCAUCGGAAACAGGUGAAAUCGAAAGCAAUUCAGGAAGUGAAGAAACUGAUGGACUGGAAGAGCCAAUGGGUCUGUUGUUCGAUAGUGUUGACUUAAGUAGACCGCCAUUUAAAUCUCAACAAGUUGUUCAAAGUUCUGAAGGAGAGAAGAAUCUCAAUAAGAGCAAGCAUCCAGAAUUCUUGACUAGAGAAACCAUGUUGGUUUGUGAAUGGGAUAGAGAAAUAUAUCAAGAAUUAUUCGAAGCCAAUAAGACAUGGACAAAUCUUAAGAACAUCCCAAAUCCUGAGUUAGAAGCUAAUAGAGAAAAGUUAAGAAAGAAAGAAAAGUCUACCAUAUCAUUAUAUGAUUGUUUAGAUAAUUUCAACCAACCUGAAGUUUUGGGAGAUCAAGAUUUAUGGUAUUGUCCAAGAUGUAAAGAUCAUAAACAAGCUACUAAAACCAUAAAAAUUUGGUCAACAGGAGAUAUCUUAACUAUUCAUUUGAAGAGAUUCCAAGUAGCAAGAAGUUUCAGUGAUAAAAUCGAUAUUACCAUUGAUUUCCCAAUUGAAGGAUUGGACAUGACUAAGUAUAUUGGAAACGAAAACCAAGAAGUAAUUUAUGAUUUAAUAGGAGUGGAUAAUCAUUUCGGAGGAUUAGGAGGUGGUCAUUAUACUUCAAGCGUGUAUAACUUCAAAGACCAAAAUUGGUAUUAUUUUAAUGAUAGUCAUGUAAGUAAGAUUGAUAAUCCUACCGAUAUGAUAAAUGGUUCUGCAUACUUAUUGUUUUAUAGGAAAAGGAGUGAUAAUGUUGGGUCUGAAAGAUUAAAUGUUAUGAUAGAUGAAAAUAAGACAUCGAUAAGAGAAAAGUUAGUUCAUGUUUAUGAAGAAGUGAACAUGUUUGAAGAACAGAAUAUGGAAACUCUCAAUAAGAAGAGUAAAACCGAAGAUAAUAGUGAGAAGGAAGAAUAG